AUGUCUAAAGUAUAUCAAUUGAAUAAUAAUAUUACCGUAACGGAAGAACAACUUAAUCAUUGGAAUAAGUUCUUAGGUACUUUAAGUACACCACAAGAAAUUCUAAGAUGGGCAAUCAUUACAUUCCCAAAUCUUUUCCAAACUACUGCUUGUGGUUUAACGGGGUUAGCUACCAUCGAUAUGUUAUCUAAGAUUCAUUUGCAAGAUGAACAAUACCCAUUAGUACCAUUGAUCUUUAUCGAUACACUACAUAAUUUCCCACAAACAUUAGAUCUUUUGAAAAUAGUCGAGACUAAAUAUUAUAAACCAUUAAAUCAAUCAAUUAAUGUAUUUAAACCUACAGGUUGUGCAGAUGAGACUGAUUUUGCUAGUAAAUAUGGUGAUUUAUUAUGGGAGAAAGAUGAGGAUAGAUAUGAUUUUUUAGCAAAAGUUGAACCUGCAAGUAAAGCUUACAAGGAAUUAAAUGUUACUGCUGUUUUCACAGGUAGAAGAAAAUCUCAAGGUGCAGCAAGAUCUGAUUUAAAAUUUGUCGAGAUUGAUGAACUAAAUCAAAUUAUUAAGAUUAAUCCCUUAAUGAAUUGGACAUUUAAUGAAGUACAAUCAUAUAUUAAUGAAAAAAAUGUACCAACAAAUGAAUUAUUGAAAUUAGGUUAUAAAUCUAUAGGUGAUUAUCAUUCCACACAACCAGUUAAAGAAGGCGAGGAUGAAAGAAGUGGAAGAUGGAAAGGUAAAACAAAAACUGAAUGUGGUAUCCAUGAAACAAGUAGAUUUGCUCAAUUUUUAAAGGAGAAAAAUGCAAAUACCGCUCACUCAUAA